GGCCAGGGACCGCCUCCGGGCCCGCGGCAGCCCGGCAGCGCAGGUUCUCGACCUUCAGAUCGGCCGCUGCUGGCUCCGCAGCGCUCGGGUCUCGCGCCAGGCGGGGCAGCUGCAGCGGGCGUCCAACUGCCUACUGCAGCUGGAGCGCCUGGAGCGCUGCCUGCCGGAGGCGUUCGUAGAGCGGGCGAGUCUACUGUGGCGUCGAGGGGAGGGCGACGGUGCGAUACGUGAGCUUCGCCAGGGCAUCGAGAGUCACUUCCCCGACUGGACGACCAAGAUCAAAGGCGGUGGCUUGGCCGAGUCGGAGCGUCAGAUUCUGGCGGAGGCCAAGCUGCUGCUGGCGCGCUACUGCGAGGAGUCGGCCAACAUGGACAGCAACGUCAUCAACCAGCACUUCGUCGAGACGACUGAGAUCCGCAAGGACUGGGAGGACGUCCACUUCUACACGGCCAAGUACCUGGACCGGCUGCUGGCGGCGCGGCUGGCCGGCGAGCGGGACUCGAACCAGCUAGGCGCCCGGGUGGUGCACGCCCUUGGCAAGUCUUUGCAGUACGGCUGUCAACAUGUGUACGAGUCGAUGCCGCGACUUCUCAGCAUCUGGCUCGACUACGGCGCCCAGGAGAACGGCGGCAAACAGCGACCCGCUGACGCCGCCCUGGUGGCCAAGAGCGUGGAGCUGAUGUGUCGCCGCGUGGGACAGCUCCUGGAAGCGCUGCCGCUCUACUGCUUCCUCACUUCGUUGCCCCAGAUCAUCUCCCGCAUCUGCCACGGCCGGCCGCAGGUGUACGCCCAGAUCCGCGACAUCCUGGCCGCGCUGCUCGCCACCUACCCCAAACAGUGCAUGUGGUACAUGCUGGCCGUGUCCCGCUCGUCCUACCCCAUGCGCGUGGAGCGGUGUCAGGACGUGUUCUCGCGAGCCAAAGCCAAGAAGCCCUCGCUGGGCCAGUUCAUCUCUGACGCCACCAAGCUGGCCGAUAAGCUGAUCGACCUGUCGAACAAGCCCGUCGAGAAAAAGACGAGCAAGGUCAGCCUGGCCUCGUUCUUCCCGAGCAUCCGCCGUCUGGUGUCGGCGGGAUUCUCUCAGAUUCUGGUGCCGCUACAGCAGCAGAUGACGGUGACUCUGCCAGAGACGGCGGCGCAGCACGGCUUCGGCUUCCGGCCGUUUCCGGAGGAGCAGGUGUGCAUCGCCAGCUUUGAGGACGAGCUGGAGGUGAUGCCCUCCCUGGUCAGGCCGAAGAAGAUCACCAUCCGCGGCACCGAUGGCAAGAAGUACACGAUGAUGGCCAACCCAAGGACGACCUGCGCAAGGACUCGCGUCUGAUGGAGUUCAACACGCUGGUGAACCGGCAUCUGAC